AUGGUGGAAGUCAAUCUUCGUUCGUGGUCGGAGAUAUUGCAAGCAUCUGAAGGCUUGCAAUUGAAUUCAACUGCAGCAACGUUGGAGCAUAUUCUCGCUAUGUUUGCCCGACUCGAGACCCGAUUGGUUGCGCAUGAGUGCAGGGUAGCAGCAACACUCCCUCCGUUGCAACACGAACCUGAUCCUUCUGACGCAACCACGUUUCAGCAGCCGCACGCUGCACAACUGCCCCGACAAUAUCUGCAACAGCAACAACCUUACCAACUGCCUGCUCCUCCACCCGAUGCUUUGCCAUGGCAGCAACUGCAGCAACCGGAGAUGGAGGAUUGGCGGUGGCAACAGCAUCAGCCCCACACACAGCCGGUCCAGACGCGACGUCCAACAAGCUGGGACCCUCCCGACUACUGCCAACAGUCGGGGUUCAUGCCGUACGACCAAUAUCCAAUGCCAUACCACCACUGGGAGAAAAAUCAGCCGCCGCUGACCCCGCCUUGUGGUUGGGAUCCACCUGCGCAAUGA